UUUAGUCAGGCGGAGAGGGCGCCUAAAAGAGGUCCUUUUUCCUGUUGACGUGUAUGCUUGACAGCGAUAUGUGAAACUAAACGAAACGGAGGAAAUAAAACAUUCCAUAACUUUCCUUUAAAUACUUUUCCCCGUGUUUUUAGUGGCGUCCUUAACUGUCACUGAAGAUGGAGACGCUUUACCAUCAGACCAAUAAACAAAUUCAGGAGGUUCAGUCUCACAUGGGACGACUGGAGACCACAGACCGACAGUCAGUCCAUUUACUUGAAAAUGAACUUCAAGCAAGAAUUGAUCAAAUCUUUAAUCAGCUGGAGCGACUUGAGAUACUAGCCAGUAAAGAGCCACCAAACCGCCGGCAAAAUGCCAAACUGCGUGUUGAUCAGCUGAAGUAUGAUGUGCAGCAUCUCCAGACAGCCCUGAGGAACUUCCAGCACAGACGUUACGCUCGCGAGGCUCAGGAGAGAGAAAGAGAGGAGCUCUUGAGCCGAAGCUUCACAACAAACGAUGCAGACACCUCCAUCCCUAUUGAUGAAACCCUGCAGUUUAAUAGCAGUCUACAAAACGCUCACAGAGGAAUGGAUGACCUGCUGGGCUCCGGCUCCAGCAUCCUUACCGGCCUGAGAGACCAGAGGAGCACGCUUAAGGGUACCCAUAAAAAGAUGUUGGAUGUUGCAAACAUGUUGGGUUUGUCGAACACGGUCAUGCGUUUCAUUGAGAAGCGAGCAUCGCAGGACAAGUUCAUCAUGAUGGCUGGAAUGCUGGCUACUUGCUUUGUCAUGUUCCUGGUGGUGAAAUACCUUAGCUGAACUCUCCCGGCUUUAGCCGACCCUGCUGCUCGAUCGCGUCAGUGGAUCAUUCAGGUUUUCAUGCCACAUGCAUCACAUCUAUGAAAAAUGCACAGGUGUGCCGAAAGAAAAUCACAGAACUGCCUCUUUGCAGGAUGACUGCCACUCUCAACAUCACAAAUCUUUUGUGUCUCUAGUCUUACUACUUCAGCUGUAUUUUUAAAGACUUUGAAUCCUUUCAUAACUUUCCUCUCAGUUGAUUCUGAAAUAAGCAGCAAAUUUUUGUGACUGCUCUUUAUUUUGGAGUCUAGACUGAACUAAAACCUUUAUUCUCGCCGGUAUUAUAGAAGUAUUAGAGCAAAUAAUAAUUAAAGACAUUUAGAUUUAAAAUGUGUAAGGGUUAGAGAACUGGUCUGUUAUCUGGCUCUUCAUUGCCACCUUCUGGACAACAAACCAAAAAUAUUUGGUUACUCAGUGCUUAGUUUGUACUGUUUUGUUAAUAACACUUCUAACCUGUAAAUACACAUUUCUGUGCAAUAAACUCAAGUAGCGUCUAGCUGCCCUGAAAUGUAAAACUCUCCACUUGUUUCAUACCGUUAAAGUGUGAGUGUGUACGCCUGGAUCUACGCAGGAGCCACAGCCUCCGGCAAACAGGAAAUGAGACGUCUUAUUGGACAUCUGCUGCAUGGAUCUUGACGCUGUAUGCGCACAUUCACACAUGCUCAAGACCCCAGCAGCAUAAUCCUCAACAAUAUCCUCCUGCAACAGUCAUACAUCAUUUCUGUCUUUGCCACUGUCAUGAAAUUCAAAUGUUGACCAAGAGGAUAAAAUACUAUUACUAUUGAAAAACAAUGUGAAAGUUAACAGUCACCUGCUGUUCUUUUUCACUGUAGUCAAUGUCACAGAGACCCAGUGAAGUAGAUGUAACAAAUUUAUGCAGCCAUUA